AUGGAUAUAUUCUAUCACACUGCAGAAGGAAUCGUUAACACGGCCCAACAAAAUUUGAAUGGAGGUGUCUUUACGUUCGUUUUGGAGCAUUUAAUAAAACCAUCGGAGUUAUCAUACAGUCUGCACUCGCAACCGUUUUCCUCACAUUUUGCUAAUACCAUCAGUUCUGGAGGGUUUCUAGCAGGAAUAUUUUUUGGCUUUCUCUGGUGCGUUGGUCUUUUAGCCGGUUUCAUUUACAUAUGGUGGCUGAGGUACCGUAACAAAUCCACCAUGAAUGCGCUUCAAGUAGUGAAAAACAAAACCUCGAAUAAUGAAUGUCAAAACGAUGGAAUAAAGUCACCUAAAAAGUCCAAUUUUUUUCUUCGGAGGCGCCAAAUGCAAUCAAAUUGGAUGUGCAUCGCAUCCCAAUGUGUUAUAUUCACGGCCUUGGUAGGUCUUCUCUUCCUAUUAUGCAUUCUUGGAUUCGUCGCAAGUUACUCCCUCCACACAUCUUUAGUUUUUAAAUCACCUCCUCCACAACCCUUACGAAACCCAGAAUAUUUGUUCAACAACAACAAUGGCCUUUUCCCUGGCAUAACAUCGGCCCUUGAAAGCGCUCGGCUGUAUAUGACUGAAUUUCUUAGCGAAGUUCGAAUUGCAACUAAGCCAGCUGUCGAAAAUCUUAUACAGGCGACUGUCGAAAUGCAAAACAGAACCACUCAUGAGUUCAACGCUCUACUUUUCAAUAUGCUUGGUAUUGACCAAGCGUUUGACCUUGGAGACAAGCUAGGCACUCAUACUGUCAGCAUGCUCAACUUGGUCACUCCAUUGAAAAGCCAUCUGGUCGAAUAUACGGACACUAUUUCUUCUCUGAGUAUGGCCAUUGCUCGAUGGAAUGGAUACAUGGAACAACUUCAUGUAGAGAAAAAUGUGACUGCUACGAAAUCAUGCAAAGCAAAUGCAGAUUGCGAGUUACCGAUACUCGCGCUGGCAGAUGUGACAGUUAGUUCAAAUUGGCGCCUUCAAUUUGACUUCGUAAUUGCUCUUAAUUUUGUCACAGACGCACAAAACCGAACGCCUGACGUGAUAGAGGAACAAAUGAAAUCUUCUCGCCUUCUAGCUGCACGUCAGUUGGAAAACACAAUGAAAAGGAUGAAAGUGGAAAUUGAUAUACCCGGUUCCUUGCGGAACUUAACAGAACAAAGCUGGGAAACCAUUGCGGAGAAUUUGAACGUUGUAAUUGCGCAAAUAGAUAAUCUCAUUGAUGUCAUUCCUAAAAAGUUUUAUCCUAUGGCCGCAGUUGGAUCAAACUACUUAUUUGCUAUAUGCUGUCUGAUCUGGAUUACCAUGUCAUCCAUCGCAUUUGGAAUAUCUGUACUACUUUUUCAUUUUCACUGCGUGAAUGCCGCCAUUAAACCGCGGAACAGGCGAAGAAUACACUGCGUUGUAUCUUUUGCUCUCAUUGUUCUUAUUUUCUGCAUUUUUGCCUCUUGCAUCCUCUUCCUUGUUUCUGGGUACGCACACACGGAAUUUUGCCGAUACAUUAGCCCUGAUCGUGCAGUCAUCGAGACAUCUGUUGGUGAAAUGAGAAAUUCGCGAAUUUCAUUUGUUCUAGAUACUUAUGUAAAUGCCUUUCUAGAUCGAAAUUGGGACAAGAUUGUUAAAAUAAUGGAGGAAAUGAACAGCGAAAGAAAGGAAGAUGCAAUACCCGUUCCAAGAAUAAGAAGCCCGAUCUAUGCUCUCAAUGUAGCCUGCAGAAAAAAUGCUGGAAUAUUAGAUGCUUUCGGAGCUGUGGAAACUUUUAAUUUUUCCGUAUUCAAUAAACCAGAAAUAAUAAAUGAGUUUGUUGACAAAGGAAGAGUCAUAAUGCGAGAUGUCUUGCUGAACCUCAAUGCAACUGAGAUGUUUCCGCCAGCUCUGACGGAAUCUGUUCAGCUGGCAUCCCGUCUAGACGACUUCCUUAUUCCUUUUGAUAAAGUGAGACAAGAACUGCCAAGGGACUUUCUGAAUGUUACAUCGCAAAAUAAAACGAUGCUCAUUUCGGGAACGGAGCUGGCUUACUUGUGGCGGGAAUACUAUUCUUUCCUUAAUAGAAGCAGUUUAUCCUACGAGACUCUCACCCGAGCCGAUGAACUCGCAAGUAUCGUUUUCAAUCUUUCAUCUGAAAUCAAAACUUUGCUCGAGUCUGUGGAUGAGAGCCUCCAAAGGUUGGGGAAAUUACAAAAAAUUGGUUCAACUGUAUCGGAACUUCAGGGAAUCUUUGAAAGUUUGAUUAAUCAACUCCGAAAUCGAGAGGAACUAGUUACAAAAGCUAUGGAUUUGUACGAUUUCCAUGUCGCAAAAGGUUUGCCAAAGAAAGUUGAGAGUAUAAUUUUUCAGUAUGGCCCACCACUACUACGGGAAGUUGGACACUGCAGAAAGCUGCAUGAUGCAUAUUCAGCAGGUGUCUCAGCAGUUUGCGACCUUGUGGUUGAGCCCUUAAACGGUGUGUGGUUUUUCUCUGGUCUCUGUGUCCUUCUUUCAACUGUGCUGAUCUCCUUCGGACCGUGUCUUCUGCUGCACAAAAUUCGCUCUUUCUCUAACAUCACGGCUGACGGUGGUGAACCUCUGUGUAUUAACACCCAUGAACAGUAUGGCGCAAAACCCGGACAAGUUCUUUCCUCUGUAAAUGGGGUAAGAGUGGUUCAGCCCGCCGGAAUUCAUGCGCUCAUUCGAGGUCGCGACCCUGGAUCAGCACCAGCGCCUUCCCAUGUGUAG